AUGAGCUAUAAUACAAAACUUAUAUCUGGUUUUUACUACCAACAGUUUCCUAUAACAGGAAAAGGUGUCAUACAAGGUUUGUCUGUUCCAUUGACUUUAAGUACACCUAUUUUAUAUAUUGUUUCAAACUUAGGUUCAAAGUGCUAUUCGAAUGUCGACAGAAACUACUAUGACCAAAAGAUACUCAUGCGUAUAAACAACACUUUCUCUGCUGGUUUGCCUAUUGUUCAUUCGAAUGCAGAGUUUUCAGCUUUAGUAAACUCAAACACUUUAGCAAACAUAAACUUAACCUUAGUUGACGCAAACUUUGUUCCUGUAAAACUUUUAUGUCCUAUGUAUUUGUCAAUGACGGCAGAAAGUUUCGAAUUGGAAGAUGCAACUGGUGAAAGUAUUGUAUUACAAGAACAACUUCAACAACAAAUAGCUCAAGAACAACAAAUGCAACAAAUAGCUCAAGAACAA